CGGGGGAAGAGGUGGAGGUUUGUAAGGCCAUACAUUCCAUUCAUAGGUGAGGGCGGGCCUUAUCAUAAACCCUCAGAAAAAUCCUUCAUCCAAGAAGAAGAAGCAGAGGAAAAAGGUGAAGCCUUUUAUCUCCGUCAUUUCAUCAAUGUCGACUGUGCCCAUGGCCGGCGUCACCCUCUCUCUCCCCUUCUCCGACAAAACCCACCUCCACUUCCCUUCUUCUUCUCCUCAUCCUCUCGCCCUCAACAGCAACAGCAACAGCAACGCGUCGUCAUCGUUGGCGUUCUCGAGGCGAAGGCUGCUGCCUCUUCCCCUGUCCUCAAUCGCAACGCCCAACUCUGUACUCAGCGAGGAGGCUUUCAAGGGUCUUGGCUUUGAAUUGGAGGAGAAGGAGGAGGAAGGAGAGGGUGGUUAUGCAUCUGAGGACGGAGAAGAAGCCGGCGGAGAUGACGAUGACCUCGCCGUUCCUAAACUUGGCCUACCACAAAAGCUUGUUGAUUCUUUGCUCAAAAGGGGAAUCGCUGAGCUCUUCCCCAUUCAGAGAGCCGUAUUGGUUCCUGCUUUGGAAGGAAGGGACCUCAUUGCUCGUGCAAAGACGGGAACAGGGAAGACUUUGGCCUUUGGAAUUCCCAUCCUUAAGCGACUUAUUGAGGAAGAUGAAGGACGAAAUAUCUCAAGGCGGCAUGGCCGACUUCCUAGGGUUCUUGUUCUUGCACCUACCCGAGAAUUGGCCAAGCAAGUGGAAAAAGAAAUAAAAGAGUCUGCUCCUUAUCUUAGUACAGUUUGUGUCUAUGGUGGAGUGUCUUACAAUGUCCAGCAAAAUGCACUUUCUCGAGGUGUUGAUGUGGUGGUGGGGACCCCGGGUCGGAUUAUUGACCUCGUUAAUAGCAAUAGUCUCCAGUUGGGUGAGGUUCAGUACUUAGUUCUUGAUGAGGCUGAUCAGAUGCUUGCCGUAGGAUUUGAAGAAGAUGUAGAAGUUAUUUUGGAAAAGCUUCCAUCAGAACGUCAAAGCAUGCUCUUUUCUGCAACUAUGCCUACUUGGGUUAAGAAAUUGGCUCGAAAAUAUCUUGACAAUCCUCUGACAAUAGAUUUGGUUGGUGAUCAGGAUGAAAAAUUGGCAGAAGGAAUUAAACUUUACGCGCUACCGUCAACUGUAACUUCUAAGCGUAGUGUCCUCAGUGACCUAAUUACGGUGUAUGCAAAGGGUGGAAAGACAAUUGUUUUCACACGGACAAAAAGGGAUGCUGAUGAAGUAUCCACAGCCUUGACCAACAGUAUAGCUGCUGAAGCAUUGCAUGGGGAUAUAUCUCAACAUCAAAGAGAAAGAACGCUCAAUGGUUUCCGUCAAGGAAAGUUCACCGUUCUUGUGGCUACAGAUGUUGCCGCUCGUGGUCUUGAUAUCCCAAAUGUUGAUUUGAUCAUUCACUAUGAACUGCCUAAUGAUCCUGAAACUUUUGUUCAUCGCUCUGGUCGUACUGGAAGAGCUGGCAAAGAAGGCACUGCUAUAUUGAUGUUCACUGGCAGUCAGAGGAGAACUGUUAAAUCUCUCGAGCGUGAUGUAGGAUGUAGGUUUGAGUUUAUAAGCCCCCCACAGAUUCAAGACGUGCUUGAAUCGUCAUCAGAGCAAGUUGUUGCUACAUUGCAAGGUGUCCAUCCUGAGUCGAGACAAUUUUUUCUCCCGAUGGCCCAAAAAUUGAUAGAUGAGCAGGGCACCAACGCUCUUGCUGCUGCUUUGGCUCAUUUGAGUGGAUUCUCUCAACCACCUUCUUCCCGUUCUCUUAUCAGCCACGAGCAGGGAUGGGUGACAUUACAAUUGAUUCGUGAACCAGGAUUCUCAAGAGGGUUCUUUUCUGCAAGAUCUGUUAUGGGUUUUCUUUCUGAUGUCUAUCCUGCUGCCGCUGAUGAAAUUGGGAAAAUACACUUGAUUGCAGAUGACAGGGUUCAAGGAGCAGUUUUUGAUUUACCUGAGGAGAUAGCUAAAAAAUUAUUGAGCAUGCAAUUCUCCCCCGGAAAUAGUAUAUCGCUGAUUACAAAGUUGCCUGCCUUGCAAGAUGAUGGUCCUCCUAGUGACAGUUAUGGCCGUUUCUCUGGUAGAGAUCGUCGCACUAGAGGAGGUUUUAGGGACCGUGGAUUCAGAGGCUCAAGAGGCUCGGGUGGCCGUGACUCUGAUAGUGAAGAUGAUGGAUUUCGUCGUGGACGAAGUUUUAGAAGUGACAAUAGCUGGUCUAGGAACUCCCGAGGAAGCAGUUAUGAUCGGUUUGCUGGUGGAAGAGGGUCUGGCCGCUCAUCUUCAUUUGGGAGUAGAGACAGAGGCUUUGGAGGCGCAUGUUUCAACUGUGGAAGGACCGGGCACAGGGCUUCUGAAUGCCCAAGCAAACAAGAUUAUUAACCGCGCAUAAUAACCACACACACAGUUCCUAAAAUCGAGGGAUUAUGCAAAUAGUCCCAAAUUGAUGCAGCUACUGCAGACUUGAUUACAUGGCUAACAAAUUAAAGGAUGUCGCAUUGCGUAGGAAAAUUAUGACCGUCUCAGGAUGAGAAAGAUGGUUUAUCGUCAUGGUACAAUUGGGAUGUGCUGCAACAAUUUUGCUCGUCGAUGCUUAUAGUGUUGGUGGUUGUGGUGGCGGUGUCAAGUGUUUUUAGAUUGGACGGGGGAUCUGCUCUCUGUCUGUAAUCCUUUUGCCCUGUUCUUAUAACAGAUUAUUGUAGAAUGCUUGUAGUGUAUCAUACAGUCGGUGUUAUUACCCCCAUUAUUAAUGUUUUAUCAUAUAGGAGAUGUUAUUAUCCUCAUAACUAAUGUUUUA